GCAGACACACCUCGGGAUGGAUGCGCUGAAAUCCGCCGGCAGAGCGAUUAUCAAGAGCCCCGGAGUUCCGCGGCACACAUGGGGAACUUCAAAGCACGAAAAGCUGCCAGAGAACUGGACGGACACCAAGGAGACUCUGCUGGAGGGGAUGGUGUUCAAUGUGAAGUACCUGGGAAUGACUCUGGUGGGCCAGCCCAAAGGAGAGGACAUGGCCUCAGCUGCCAUCCGCAGAAUUGUUGCCACGGCCAGAGCCAGUGCUAAGAAGUUUCGGAAAGUAACGCUGACAGUCUCACCGAAAGGCAUCAUCAUGACAGACACAGAGACUACAGACCUCAUAGAAAAUGUCUCCAUAUACAGAAUCUCUUACUGCACAGCAGAUAAAACUCAGGAUAAGGUCUUUGCAUAUGUCUCCCAAAGUCAGUUCAACGAGACCCUGGAGUGUCAUGCAUUUCUCUGCCAAAAGAAGAAGAUUGCUCAGGCUGUGACAUUAACGGUAGCCCAGGCCUUUAAAGUAGCCCUGGAUCUUUGGGAGAUUGCUCAGGAAGACAAAAGCAAGAAGGCCAGGACCUGCUGUUCUUGUGCAGCAAGCAAAGGGCAGACAGAGACAACAGACACUCAGUGUGUUCCAGCAGAUCCAGAGGCACACAAGCCUGGUGGGAUGGAGGAGAAGCUCCGGAGGCCCUUCUUCUCUGCCUCACUCAGCUCGCCCUCACCUCGCAGUAACCCUACUCGGAGGCGACCGAUCAAACACGACUCUUGGGACGUGGAGGAUGGACUCGAUGAUGCGUUCUCAAGACUGGCCGAGUCCUGCCCCGAACCCGUCUCUGACAAUGCAGCUCUGAGUCUGUGGGACACGUCCACCAAGAAUCUAUUGUGUUCUGCAACAAUGAGUCUGAAUAACAGACGCCGACAAUAGCUGCCCAACUUAUAACACUGCAGAAAUUAGACAGAAAUCACACCAGAGGCCCCAAGACCAACAACAAACACAAAACAGCAUACAUCACACAACAGACAGCAUAACAUAUCACGCUUCCUGGUGCACAACGUGAAUCCGAGAGGCUCUGUUUGAUUUUCUGUGGCUGCUGUGGAGAAACCAGAAUGGAUACCCUGAUAUUAUAAACUGCAAUUUCUGUGAAUGCCUGCCAGUCAACACACACUCCACUCAGUGUAAACAGCCAUCAUCAGCCAACUCUCACAAACUGCCAGAUGAAAGACGGUGUACACAGUGUGCAACACGGCACCACAAGACAAGCAAGGCUUACAUAUUUCUACUUGAAGAAAUUCCCAGAGGAGAUCAUAGGAUGAAUACCAAGUGGAGUCUAACUUUUUGGAUCUAAAUUUGUAAAAAAUACUUUCACACAUGGAUUCCCAUUGAAAAUUGUGAUGAGGAUUUUCUCAGCAUCGAGAAGCCCAGAGAUGUGUGUACAUAAGGCUGUCAUCUCUCUCUGAAAAUGGGAGAGCUCUCUGAUGUUGUCGUUUGUUUGAAGGAGUAGCAGCUGCCGGUGUCAGCAGUCACUGGAGGAAGUCCAGCGUUGGAGGUCAUUGGCAAAGCUGGUACAAAUCUUCAGACAUAAAAUAUGGUUCAAUUUGUGGUGCUGAGUUCAGUUCUUUGAAGUAUGAAACAGUAUAUAAAUUAAGUAAUUAGGCAGACAUAAGCCCCGUUUCCACCAAGCAGUACAUUACGGU